UUGUUCAUCAUCAGAUGUCAGGAAAUAAAAAUAUAUUUAUGAUGUUAGGAGAACACCUUGACAAUUCUCUUGUACCAUAUAUUCGAAUGAUUGAUGAAUGGAUUUGUACAGGAAAAUUAAAUGACCCAGAAAAUGAAUUCUUUCUUGUAAGAUCUCAAAACGUAGAGAAUAUGUCGUCACAGUAUUGGCAAGAAAUGUAUAAAAUUCGGGAGACUCGUGCUAUGAUUGAUAAUGUUGAAUCUGUUCAGCUACUAUCGCCACCUUUUUUGGAACCUUUAAUAGGUCGCAUUUUAUUUUGUGGGAAAGCACAAAAUUUACUAAUGUCUUUAAAAACAAAAAAGGUAAAAAUUGGAGAACACAUUCCGUUUAUACAGCAUAAUCCCGAGGAAUUUGUUCUCGACAUAGA